GAGUACAAUGGGGUCCACAAAGAACACAUCCACAAGCGCUGAACCAUCUGCCCCCGGGGAGGGACGGACUCUUCAGCGAUCUACUCCUCAGUAUAUCCACACAAGGGAAGUACAAUGGUUUUUGGACUUCGUUGUUCAGGGGGACCUUUUUGGGCCAGUUGUUUUCAUGCGACCCGCUUGCUUUCCGGACACUGAGGGAGCGGACAACGUUCUUCCUCUCGGUGCCAUCGUCUUAUACGACGGGGUUGCUGGAGGUUUCCUUAAGCUGCACACUAACGGCUUGUACGACGAGUGCAAACUGUCUCUCAGAGAUGUUAAAGGUGUGAUAGUUCCUAUCAAGCGUUUCGCGGGGUAUGGCUCGAACAUGACGCUGUGCCAUCACUUCAAAGGGCUUUACGAAGGCGGCAGCAAGCGUCGUCCAUCGCCAGUGGAAUACCUCGAUCUCACGCUAAAGGUGCCGAAACAGCGCCCAGUUCUUCCGCGAGAACAUGUUUUUCGGCUUCUGCCACCCCAUGAGGGUUCGUCCGGCUUGGCUCAAGAAACUCCUGAGACGGCAGUGGGGUGCGGGCGUGCUAUUCACGACGCUGGGGGUCGGGUCAAGGGGCUCGCGCGCAGCGUUCAAACGCAGGUCUGCCCGGAUGCUCGUGGGAGCACGUCGGACUUGCAUUCUCCAGAUGCAGGGACUCACCGGGUCGGUACUCCGAAAAUCCUCAAGGUCCGCUGCGGGGACGACACGUAUUCGCUUCGAGAUGAGAGGAGAAGAGAAUCCGGCAGAUCGGGGCAAGAUGUCGGAGGGAAUCAGGCUGAAGGGAUGGACACUGUCCGCGAAAGCUCUGGCGGGGAGCAGACUUCUUCGGAGAAGAAGCGCGAGCGACAGAGGGUGGUGCGAGAGGAGGUGGCGGAGGAAACCCUCCGCAUGAAGAGGAUGAGAGAAAAAUCGGAGGCGAUGAUGGGCGGGGAUGGAGGUGAUGUCGGAGAACGUGCCUCGGGAAAGAGGCUGUCGAAGGAAGAGGGUGUGACGGCAAGUAAGAAAGCGAGGAGGCCCAGCGGUUUGACCAUCCGCGAAGGACAAGCCAUGGGUGGACGAGAUUCGGCUCAUCAAGGCGUUGCGGCAACGAGAGAACCUUCGGGGAAAUCGAAACGGAAAGUGGGCGCUGAAGAAGGCGAUCGCCUGAAGAAACCUCGAAGGAGGAAGACUGCUGAGGCGGCGAGCGCCGAGCGGUGGCGAACGGGCUGUCGGUGGGAAGAUCGACGAAGCGGCAGUGUUCUGGCUCGAAUACGAGCGGAACGAGGACGGGUUCACAAACAUGUCUUCAAGCCAGAGGACAAGGACAAGUACUACUAUUACCCUGUGAACGGACAACACACCGUGGCUGCUCUUAAGGAGUUGGUGGAUAAGCCAAUAUUCGAAUUGUGGAAGAUGCAGUUGUGGCCGGCGAGAGUAGUGUGGUUCUCCGACCAAGAUUUCGUGGGGUAUGUGCAGGUCAGUCUCAACGAGAACACGAGACACAAGAUGUCUAAGCAGCAAUCGCAGAAGGCCGGAUUCCAGGACAUGCGGGAGGCAUGGGAGAAUGAAGGAAGGCCGGUGGCCAUUCAAGGGAACCCUUCCAGCAAGGAGGCCGAAAAACAAAAUUUUUUCAAAUUUCAAAAGCUGCUUUUGGGAAAGAGUCCGAACGACGCUCACUGGUCCUUGGCAAAAAAAGAUUUGUCGCUCGCCGACAAGGAGUACCUUGCUGCCGUUGGCAAUGCAUUGAGGCAGUGGGUGCCGCUCGUAACGGCCGGUGAUAACGUUUUCCGCAAAGGCAUGGAGUUCUACGACAAAUGGGCGGAGGGGAAGUUGUUGGGCGGCGAUGAAAAGACGCCAUUGUCGAGGCCGGGCAAAUACAUGCCAGACAAAUCUCCGAGUCUUCAAGCAAUUCCAGAAAUGGGCUCGAAAGGGACGGCUGGCGAAACGAAGAUGGGGUGGCUGGUCCGGGUCCCGCCGCCUCCAACCAAAAAGAAAACGCAAGCGAACGACAAGUUUUUCGUGAUCGUGAAGGAGCCGGACAUGUUCUGUUGGCAGUGUCUCGCGGACAUGACCGAUGUUGAGAAACUGUCGAUCCUCGACGACAUUCUCGCACUAAGGGGAGUGUUCGUGCAAUCGGCGGGCGGGCAUCUGAAAUGACAACUUAAACCUGGAAUUAAAGACAUGGUCGCGACGAGGAAAGUGGACCGCAUGAUGCUCCUGAUGUUUCACUACAUCUU